AGAUGGCGGUCAAAGCUUUUGUAUUUGACAUUUAAGUGUCUGUUGUAUACUAACAUUUGUCUGACAGACACCUAACUUACUUUACGUAUAGGUAAAUUAUUGGAAUUUCAAAUUACUGGAUCAUAUUACUGAAAUUUAACCAAUAUCUUGAUUAAUAAUAAAAAUUCAUAUUUAAUUUAUAUAUCAUCUAUAUUUUUAAUCUUCUCCCAUUGACUUACAGUUUGACUUUAACAAUCAUUUUAAUAGCGACACGUACAUGUGAUUUGUUACUGAUAUUUUACUAACAUUACAGACAGUGAUAGAAAAACUCGAAGAAUCAAGCAUGGAUUUUGAAGAUGACUUCUUUUUCGAGGAAGAUAAAAUCUUAUUGGAUAAUUCGUUAAUAUCUCAUGGCAAUGCUUCAGUUAGUAAUCCAAGCGGAUUAAUCGAAGAUAAAAAUCCUGGUCCUGUAACCACCGUGCCACCAGCUAUUGUUGAAUUGCAUCAACUAGCCAUGAUGGAAGACCGCAUGGGUAUGACUAUUACUUCUGGAAAUGUAAUAAUACAAAAAGAUAGCAACAACCUCAUUGGUAUCAGUAUCGGUGGUGGAUCUCCUCUUUGUCCUUGUCUAUAUAUUAUACAAAUUUUUGACAAUACACCUGCUGCAUUGGAUGGUACUCUUCAAUCUGGGGAUGAAUUAGUAGCUGUUAACGGGGUUUCUGUAAGGGGUAAAACGAAAGUAGAAGUUGCAAAAAUGAUACAAUCUUGUGAUUCCCAAGUUAGCAUUAAUUACAAUAAAUUGCAUGCUGAUCCUAAACAAGGACGUACUCUUGACAUAGCUCUGAAAAAGGUUAAGCAUCGAUUAGUAGAAGGAAUGGGUAGUGCAACAGCGGAUGCACUUGGUUUAUCGCGUGCUAUUCUUUGCAACGAUGCUCUUGUUCAAAGACUAAAUGCUCUGCAACGUACAGAAAAUUUAUAUAGGGGAUUAGUCUCUCAUGCAAAAACAACAUUACAUACCUUUUUUGAUCUUACUCAAAUUUAUAAAGUGUUUGGAGAUACUUUUGCCGCAAUAGGAGUUAGAGAACCACAGCCACGUGCCAGUGAAGCAUUUAGACAAUUCGGAGAACAACAUAGACAAAUGGAAAAGUUUGGAGUGACUAUGUUAAAAACGCUAAAACCUAUAUUAAAUGAUUUAGGCACAUACCUUCAUAAAGCAAUACCAGAUACACGUUUAACGAUAAGCAAAUAUGCAGAUGCAAAAUUCGAAUAUCUUUCGUAUUGCUUAAAAGUUAAAGAAUUAGAUGAUGAAGAACAAAAUUAUGCAGCAUUACAGGAACCUCUUUAUCGCGUUGAAACUGGAAAUUAUGAGUAUCGAUUAGUUUUACGAUGUCGACAAGAGGCUCGUGCUAAAUUUGCAAAAUUAAGGGCAGAUGUGCUCGUUAAAUUAGAAUUGCUCGAUAAUAAGCAUGUUCAAGAUGUUGUAUGGCAAUUACAAAAAUUUGCAUCUGGGUUAGCAAAAUAUUAUGCCAAUAGCGCAGAUUUAUUAUCAGCAGUAACAUUAUUUCCUGUAGAAGUAGACUUAUCUCAUUCCGCGUUUCAAUAUAAAUCGACUGGUCCUCAGUCAGUACAAGAUAACGAAGAUAUAGAUGAGUUUGAGCCAGAACAAAAACAAGAAGUCAAAGAAGAAGUUCUCAUAGAUACACAAAAUCCUCCAUUAAUAUGGAUGGACGGAAAUAAUAUGUAGCGAUAUGUACCAAAAAAUAAUUGAAUGAGUACUUUUGAACGUAUUAUUAAGUAUUCACUUUUUAAAGUUUAUAACGAUAAAUUAUCAACAGUACAAUAUGCUUACGAAUACAUUCCAUAUAAAUUCUU